CAACUCUGACCUUGAGGGAGACAAUAAAAGCAGAUCGGACCCUGUGCCUUGGGCCAACCAAGCCAACUCCCAAAGAGCUUUCAGAGGUGCGCGAGAGUUAGCGCGGGGCCCGGAGUGUUCAGCAUGUCCCGCUUUACGCAGCUGGGGGAGUUCGGAGAGGCGGCCCCGUUCCUCCGGAAAACCAACCUGGAACAACUGGCUGCGCAGGCUCACGCUUUUGAUGGAAAGAAACGGGUCUGGAUCCCAGAUGAGAGAGAAGCUUAUAUUGAUGUGGAGGUCAAAGAAUCAGAUGGGGACAAAGCUAUUGUGGAAACCAGAGAUGAAAGGAUAUUAACAGUUAGAGAGGACGACAUCCAGUUGAUGAACCCUCCGAAGUUUGACUUGAUAGAGGACAUGGCAAUGCUGACUCACCUCAAUGAGGCCUCUGUUCUCUUCAACCUCAGUCGCCGCUAUAGUUUCUGGAUGAUCUAUACCUACUCGGGGCUGUUUUGUGUAACAGUGAAUCCUUAUAAGUGGCUCCCAGUCUACACUGCUGGGGUGGUGGCAGCAUAUAAGGGCAAGCGCCGGUCGGAAACGCCACCUCACAUCUACUCCAUAGCCGACAACGCUUACAACGACAUGCUAAAAAAUCGUGAAAAUCAGUCCAUGCUUAUCACCGGAGAGUCCGGUGCUGGCAAAACUGUCAACACGAAACGAGUAAUUCAGUAUUUUGCCAUUGUAGCUGCUAUCGGAGACGCAGCGGGCAAAAAAGGAGGCACACUUGAGGACCAAGUGAUAGAAGCCAACCCAGCUAUGGAGGCAUUUGGCAAUGCAAAGACUCUAAGGAAUGACAAUUCUUCUCGAUUUGGCAAGUUCAUUAGAAUACAUUUCGGUCCCACAGGAAAGCUGGCAUCAGCUGACAUUGACAUUUACCUUCUUGAAAAAUCUAGAGUGAUUUUUCAGCAACCAGGGGAGAGGAGCUACCACAUCUAUUACCAAAUCUUAUCUCACAGAAAACCAGAGCUUCAAGACAUGCUGCUGGUGUCAUCCAAUCCCUUUGAUUACCACUUCUGCUCUCAGGGUGUGACUACCGUAGAUAAUGUGGAUGAUGGAGGAGAACUACUUGCAACAGAUCAUGCCAUGGACACUCUUGGCUUCACUCCUGAGGAGAAAUAUGGCUGUUAUAAGAUUGUGGGUGCCAUUAUGCACUUUGGAAACAUGAAGUUCAAAGUGAAACAGAGAGAGGAGCAGGCAGAGGCUGACGGCACAGAAAGUGCAGACAAAGCCUCCUUCCUGAUGGGGAUCAACUCAGCUGAACUCAUAAAGGGCUUGCUUCACCCCAGGGUGAGGGUGGGAAAUGAGUACAUUGUGAGAGGCCAGACCGUAGAACAGGUGACCUAUGCUGUUGGCGCUCUGGCCAAAGCUACGUACGACCGCAUGUUUAAGUGGCUUGUCAGCAGGAUCAAUAAGACACUGUACACAUCCAUCCCUCGCCAGUUUUUCAUAGGGGUUCUGGACAUAGCAGGCUUUGAGAUCUUUGAGUAUAACAGUUUUGAGCAGCUGUGCAUCAACUUCACCAAUGAAAAACUGCAGCAGUUUUUCAACCACCACAUGUUCAUCCUAGAGCAGGAAGAAUAUAAGGCAGAGGGCAUUGAGUGGACCUUCAUCGACUUUGGCUUAGACCUACAGGCCUGCAUCGACCUCAUUGAGAAGCCGCUGGGUAUAUUGUCUAUAAUGGAGGAGGAAUGCAUGUUCCCAAAAGCCACAGACAGCAGCUUCAAAGCUAAACUCUAUGACAACCACCUAGGCAAGUCUCCCAACUUCCAGAAGCCAAAACCUGACAAGAAACGCAAGUACGACACCCACUUCGAGCUGAUUCACUACGCUGGUGUGGUGCCAUACAACAUAAGUGGAUGGCUGGACAAAAACAAAGACCCUCUCAAUGAGACUGUUGUAGGCAUCUUCCAGAAGUCGUCUAACAAGUUAAUGGCAAGCCUCUUUGAGCACUUUGUCAGUGUAGAUACAGGAGGGGAGCCAAAACCUGGAGGCAAGGAGAAGAGGAAGAAAGCGUCUUCAUUUCAGACUGUGUCACAAGUCCAUAAGGACAACCUCAACAAGCUGAUGACUAACCUGAGGAGCACUCAGCCUCACUUUGUCCGCUGCAUCAUCCCUAAUGAGACCAAGACUCCAGGCAUGAUGGAGCCAUUCCUGGUACUGCACCAGCUGCGCUGUAAUGGGGUUCUGGAGGGUAUUCGGAUCUGCAGGAAAGGAUUCCCCAACCGCAUCCUGUAUGCAGAGUUUAAACAGCGCUACCGCAUUUUGAACCCUUUGGCAAUUCCAGAAGACACAUAUGUGGACAGCAGGAAAGCUACAGAGAAGCUGCUCAGCUCGCUGGACAUUGACCACACUCAGUACAAAUUUGGUCACAGCAAGGUGUUCUUUAAGGCCGGCCUCCUGGGCCAGCUGGAGGACAUGAGGGACGAGCGGCUGGCGAAGGUCAUCACCCUACUGCAGGCUUUCAGCAGGGGCAAACUCAUGAGGACGGUGCGGAGGAGGAUGAUGCAAGAGAGGGAGGCCGUAAUGGUGAUCCAGUGGAACAUCCGGUCGUUUUAUGCGGUGAAGAACUGGCCGUGGAUGUGCCUCUUCUUCAAGCUCAAGCCCCUUCUGAGGAGCGCGUCCAGGGAGAAGGAGUUCGCCGCACUAAAGGAGGAGUUCCAGAAGAUGAAGGAGGCGCUGGAGAGAUCUGAGGCCAAGCGGAAGGAACUGGAAGAAAAGCAUGUCUCACUGGUGCAGGAGAAAAAUGACCUCGUCCUGCAACUUCAAGCUGAGCAAGAUAAUCUGACCGACGCAGAAGACAGAUGCAACAUGCUCAUCAAAGCUAAGAUCCAGAUGGAGGCAAAGUUGAAGGAGCUCAUAGAAAGAUUGGAAGAUGAAGAGGAGAUUAAUGCCAGCUUGCUCACUAAGAAACGCAAACUAGAGGAUGUGUGUGUGGAGAUGAAGAAGGAUCUGGAUGACCUGGAGAUGACCUUAGCCAAGGUGGAGAAGGAGAAACACGCCACAGAGAACAAGGUGAAGAACCUUAUGGAGGAGAUGGCAGUUCUGGAUGAGACAAUCCUCAAGCUGACUAAAGAGAAGAAGGCCUUUCAGGAUGCCCAUCAGCAGGCCCUAGAGGACCUGCAGGCGGAAGAAGACAAGGUCAACAUGCUGACCAAGGCCAAAAUCAAACUGGAGCAGCAGGUUGAUGAUCUGGAGGGUUCUUUGGAGCAUGAGAAGAAGGUGCGCAUGGAUCUUGAACGAGUCAAACGCAAGCUGGAAGGAGACAUAAAGCUUUCUAAUGAGUCAGCCAUGGACCUUGAGAAUGACAAACAGCAGCUAGAAGAUAGACUAAAGAAGAAAGACUUGGAAAUAAGUCAAAUCACCUCCAAGAUAGAAGACGAACAAGCCCUGGUGCUUCAGCUUCAAAAGAAAACAAAGGAAUUGCAGACUCGUACAGAGGAGCUGGAGGAAGAGCUGGAGGUCGAGAGGGCGGCUCGAGCUAAGGCCGAGAAGCAGCGCACGGACGUGUGCCGGGAGCUGGAGGAGCUGAGCGAGCGGCUGGAGGAGGCCGGGGGAACCACCGCAGCCCAGAUCGAGUUAAACAAGAAGCGGGAGACGGACUUCCUGAAGCUACGCAGGGACUUGGAAGAAGCCUCUCUCCACCACGAGGCCACGGCGGCCAUGCUGAGGAAGAAGCACGCGGACAGCGUGACCGAGCUGGGUGAGCAGCUAGACAGCCUGCAGAGGGUCAAACAGAAACUAGAGAAGGAGAAGGCGGAGGCCAGGAUGGAGGCAGAGGAUCUGGCUUCGAACCUAGAGCAUCUCUCCAGGGCCAAGGCCGCAACGGAGAAGAUGUGCAGGGUGUACGAGGACCAGCUGAACGAGUCCAAGGCCAAAGUGGAGGAACUUCAGCGGCAGCUGAUGGAUGUCACUUCUCAAAAUGCCCGGGCCCAGACGGAGAGCACUGAGAUCAGCCGUAGACUGGAGGAGCGGGAGGUCCUGGUCAUGCAGCUUCAGCGUUACAAGUCAUCCCUCACCCAGAAUGGGGAGGACCUGAAGAAACAUCUGGAGGAGGAGUGCAGGGCGAAGAACGCUCUGGCUCACGCGCUGCAGUCAUCCAGGCAUGACUGUGACCUGCUGAGAGAGCAGUUUGAAGAGGAGCAGGAAGCCAAAGAUGAACUGCAGCGGGCAUUAUCCAAAGCCAACACUGAGCUUGCUCAGUGGAGGACCAAGUACGAGACUGAUGCCAUCCAAAGAACAGAGGAACUGGAGGAGACCAAGAAGAAGCUGGUGGCCCGGCUGCAAAAUUCAGAGGAGGCCAUAGAGGCCUCAAAUGCCAAGUGUGCCUCACUGGAGAAGACCAAGCAGCGGCUGCAGACUGAGAUCGAGGACUUGAUGAUCGACCUAGAACGCUCCAACGCUGCUGCAGCCGCACUGGACAAAAAGCAGCGCAAUUUUGACAAGGUGUUGUCAGAGUGGAGGCAGAAGUUGGAAGAUACACAGGCGGAGCUGGAGAGCUCUCAGAGAGAGUCCCGCAGUCUGAGCACCGAGCUCUUCAAGCUGAAGAAUUCCUACGAGGAGGCCAUUGACCACCUGGAGACUGUCAGCCGGGAGAACAAGAACCUGCAGGAGGAAAUCACUGACCUGACUGAGCAGAUUAGUCAAGAAGGUAAGACCAUCCAUGAGCUAGAGCUAACGAAAAAGAACCUGGACCAAGAGAAGAGUAAUAUCCAGGCAGCUCUGGAGGAAGUAGAGGGCACGCUGGAGCAUGAGGAGACGAAAACCCUGCACGUCCAGAUGGAGCUCAGCCAAGUCAAAGCUGAGGUUGACCGGAAGGUAGCGGAGCGGGAUGAAGAGAUAGAAAAUCUCCGGCGGAACCACCAGCGGAUUCUAGAAUCCAUGCAGACAUCUUUAGAUACAGAGGUCCGAGCCAGAAACGAGGCCAUCAGGGUGAAGAAGAAGAUGGAGGGAGACCUAAAUGAGAUGGAGAUUCAACUGAAUCAUGCCAACAAACAGGCUGCUGAAUCCCAGAAAUUAGUUCGCCACCUGCAGGUUCAGUUAAAGGAUGUGCAACUGGAACUCAGUGAGUCUCUGCACCAGUGUGAGGACCUGAAGGAGCAGGUGGCAAUGACAGAGCACAGGAACACCUUACUGGCCACAGAGAUGGAGGAGCUCCGCUUAGCCGUCGAACAAACUGAGCGACUGCGCAAAGUCGCCGAGCAUGAGCUGCUGGAGUCAACCGAGAGAGUGAACCUAUUACAUGCGCAGAACAUGGGGGCGCUGAACCAGAAGAAGAAGCUGGAAAGCGAUCUCUCCAUGCUGGCCGGCGAGGUGGACGAGGCUAUGCAGGAGUGCCGCAGUGCUGAGGAGAAGGCCAAGAAGGCCAUGACCGAUGCAGCCAUGAUGGCAGAGGAGCUGAAGAAAGAGCAGGACACUAGCUCCCAUCUGGAGAGGAUGAAGAGGAACAUGGAGCAGACCAUCAAAGACCUGCAGAUGCGGCUGGAUGAGGCGGAGCAGAUUGCCCUGAAGGGUGGCAAGAAACAGAUCCAAAAACUGGAAACCUGGGUCAGGGUGCUGGAAGGACAGCUGGACUGUGAGCAGAAGAAGAGUGGAGAAUUCCAGAAAGGAAUACGUAAACAUGAGAGGAGGAUCAAAGAGCUUACAUACCAGACGGAAGAGGACAGAAAAACUCUGCUGAGGAUGCAGGACCUGAUCAGUAAGCUUCAGACUAAAGUGAAGAGCUACAAGAGACAAGUGGAAGAGUCCGAGGAACAUGCCAACUCCAACAUGGCCCGCUUCAGGAAGAUCCAGCAUGAGCUGGACGACGCCGAGGAGAGAGCUGACAUGGCCGAGACCCAGGUCAACAAGCUGAGAGUGCGCACUCGAGAGACACACGUCUUCAAGAUCACAGAGUAAGGAACAAGCCCAAAAGUGUUCAAAAGGACUUCACAGAGUGAUGUAACAUGUGUCAAGCUACUUCUGAUAUUUGGUUUACACAACACAAUGGAAAAAAGCACUUAAUGUAAUGCUUAUUUGUGAUCACUGCAGACAUUUAUUUAGUGGUAGAAUUAGGGCAUGCAUACAUUAACACAGUGGGUUUUAAAAGGCCUGGGGACCCCAAGCCAGAGACCCAUUUUCCUGAUCAGACCGUCUAAAACAAUAAUUUUGAAAUAAAAACAUUAGGAAUGAUUGGCUUUUGAUUUUAUACUACGAAAUGACAUCUCAAAAGAGCUGCGAGGUUUAGGUUAGAGGCUGUUUAAUAACCACCUACUAUCUGGUACAUCACACCCGACGUUUUCUUAGGGUUUUUGAGGACUGCUUCCUGAAGCAACUGUAUUUUUGAAAGGGUUAGGGUCAAUUGACCUUUAGCAUAGUAUAAAUAUCAUAAUAAAUAAUGAAAUAUUACAUUUGACCAUUUUUCUUCGAUAUAAAACUCCAGAAUUAAAAAAAUAAAAACAUUUUGGGAUA